GUAAACUGCGAGAAUGAACCUAGUGAAGUCUUCCUUCAGGAUAUUCCCAGGAAUACUUGCCAAUGCUUCGCCGUAUUGACCAUCGACGGUGCAAUGCAACCAGUUGCGGAAGUCCGUAAUUUCUUCCUCAAAAACCGAACCCUCAUUGGAUCCUAUUGUGGCGAAAUCUUUGGAACCUGUGGUGAGGCUGCAACGCCUUUGCGUGGCUUCUGGAGUGAUCGCACCUCAAUUAUCAUUCUGUCAUUCGACAGAGAAGAGAAAGCCGCCAAGUUCUUCCAAACCAUCCACUUGAAUGCCAUUUUUCCUCAACACGUGGAGGUCUUCCUUGUUAACCUCUGCAACCCCACAAGAUACGUAGAUGACUACAGUUUCCUCGAAAUCAGCUUCUACGACGUUCGAUUCUGCACACGUUUCAAUGAGUUCACUCGCCAACUCCCUGAAAUGGCAUCAAAGAACAAUGGACUCCUCAUUGCCGGAACACCACGAAUCUGCCAGGUGCUUGGAAUGACACGUCCCAACUACUGCACGAUUAGCCAAUGGAGAACCAUUGAAGAAUUCGAGAAAUUUCGCGAUGAGUCAAACUGCGCAUUCGAGGCAUCGGAGUCCGCGUGCGUCACCCAAGCUUUGGUGAAAUGGGAUGUGAAAAGACAAAAUCCAUUCUGUAAUUAG